AUUAGAUUAACCAACUUAACUAAAUUUUUAAAGAGCUUACUAAAAUAUAUGGUGGGUCGCCAUUGCGCACCUAUUGAUCAAACAAUCUAACCAAGCUUAGAAGUAGGUAAUGUUUUUAACGUUCACGUAACUAACACCAAAAACAUGGAAAAACAAGAGAAGCCAGAACUUGUGUACGAGUAUAAAAAGAGAAGGAAAGAGUUCGGGAAACAACUCCUUCUCGAAGACCAUGGUCCGGAGAUACUCGCUACCAUACCAUGCAAUCCCGCGUUGUACAAAGAUUAUAUACUUCGGAAUCCAGUGCAUGUGGGUAUACAAAACACCGGUACUAUGUCGGAACACUGGGUGAAUUCUGAACGAGCAGAAUAUACAUGUUCAGGCAUUAAUCAUGUUGAAGGUGGUUGGCCGAAAGACAUUAACAUGUCCGAUCCAGAAGCUAUGCAAAGAUAUAGGCGAAAAAUUGAAAAGGAUGAUGCCUAUAUACAUGCUAUUAUGCAUUUAGGACAUAGUAUGGAGCAUAACAUCUUACAAAACAACGCAGUGGACAUGUACCAAAUCUAUUACUCGGAGCUGCCAACGAUUCCACCGGUUGAGCGUAGCAGUUGUCAUACUGUGAAUGUGUACCGCGAGCCAAACGCAAGAAGGCCAGUACGCUCAAUUUCAUGGCAAGCAGAUGGAGGAGCCCGCUUUGCAAGCGCUCAUGCUGAUGUUGAACUUUUAAAAAACAACAGAGCUUCGCAAUUCUCUUACAUCUGGGAUAUAGAGAAUGCAAAUGCUCCCGAGUUGGCUAUUAAACCUCCUCAACCAUUACUUGACUUGAUAUAUAAUCCGCGAGAUCAACAUACUCUCAUUGGUGGAAUGAUGAAUGGUCAGGUUGGCUGGUGGGAUAUGCGCAAAGGCGGUGAUCCGGUCGCUGUAUGUCCUCCACACGUGGCUCACAGAGACCUCGUGCGUAAUGUCUUGUUCAUCAACUCUAAAACUGGCGCAGAGUUCUUUUCUGCUUCCCCAGAUGGAGUGGUAAAAUGGUGGGACACAAGAAACAUGGAUACACCAACCGAUUCCAUGAUUAUAGACCUCGUGAAAAACCCGACUGAUACACAUAACAUCGAACACGCUAUCGGAAUAUCUGCGCUGGAAUACGAGCCUACUAUACCAACGAGGUUCAUGGUAGGCACCGAAACAGGAUUAGUCAUUGGAGGAAAUAGAAAAGGCAAGAAUGACAUGGAGAAACUUCCAACAAAGUAUGAGGCUCAUCUGGGUCCAGUGUAUGCUCUACAACGAAACCCAACAUUCGUAAAGAAUUUCCUGACAGUCGGUGAUUGGACAGCACGGGUUUGGAGUGAAGACUGUCGCGAGUCGGCCAUUUUGUGGACCUGUUCACACCGCACCAAACUUACUGAUGGUGUUUGGAAUCCCAUCAGAUUCUCCGUAAUGUUGGUGACCCAAUGGGACGGCUGCUUGUCAUGUUGGGAUUUAUUGCGACGGCGGAAUGCACCGAUAGUCACCGCCCAAAUUUGCGAUGAGCCAUUGGUACGUCUGCGUCCACAUGAAGGUGGGCAGCUAGUAGCUUGUGGUAGCAGUAAAGGAACGAUUUAUUUGGCAGAAUUGUCUCAGAACUUGGGCACUGCAGAUAAAAAUGAUAAGGCUCUGUUAACCAAUAUGUUGGAAAGAGAGAACAAACGCGAACGUAUUCUCGAGGCUAGAAUGCGAGAAUUACGUUUGAAGAUGCGCCAAGGAGGGGAUACAGGUCAACCGGCGCCCGAUUCGGACCACAUCGUGAGCGAUCGGGACCUGGAAGAAGCCACGGCAGAGUACAUGCAAGCUGUCAACGAGUUUCAGGCGCAACAGCCGGCGACGUAAACUCUUAACUUGUGAAUUCUUCAUAUUAUAAAUGCGAUGGCUUUCAUGGUUUUAUUGUC